CUUACUGAGGAGUUGGCAACACUGUACCUUGGGCUCAUUUCAACCCGUGUCCACUGGAAUAGAGAGGUAAGCACAACUUCUUCAUCAUUACAUUUACAUUUUAGUCAUGUAGCAGACGCUCUUAUCCAGAGCGACUUACAGUUAGUGAGUGCAUAAUUUUUUUUUCCAUCAAUGUUUACUGUUUGAAAAAGUGUUUUGUGUGUUGUUCAAUGAUGUUUCAUAGCCUCGCAAAGCCACCUGAUCACACGAGAUUACAUUAAACGGGAUCAGGCUACAUGUUUCAUGCUUUUUAAGAAAAAAUAUCAAACCAGAGCAAUGGGUGAGCAACUCUCCCUUUUAAAUAUUCUGGGAAAACAUAAAAGCAAGGUAUUUAUAGUGCAAAUCUUCCUGAGACACUGAUUACAUCAGACUGAUAAAACAUGUUCAUGUUCAUGGAACUCUGUGUUCCUUAUUCACUGAAGAGGCAGAUACUUUAUAUUGGUUACUUUGUUUCUAGAGCUCUUUGUUGUUCAGUUUGAAGUCACAGUUAUUUUUGAUGAUCUGUAUUAUUUUCUGUUUAUACCCUUCUGUGUCCUGAUCGACUCAAGCACUCUUAAAUAGAUGUAGGUAUCUAAGUUAAUCAUUGAUUGAUUGACAAUGGUCAAUGGAUUGAAAAGCCAAUUAGUGAAGUUCUAAAGAAACAGUGCAUUUAGAGAUGCAAAUUACUCUGUUUCAGUAAACAUAACCACUCCUGCAGGGUUAAAAUAGGGUUUACAUUCUCUCAUUACAAUAUCACACCUCACUACUGCCCAUCCCCCCCAUCAGGGCUUAUAGUCAAGGGGGCAUAGACUUUGGCUACUAGCUGGACAUAUUUUGUGACCAUCCCCCAGAAAACAGUGCCACUAACCAGUGUCACUGAUCUGGUCUGGCCACAACCCUUAAAAUGAACAUAAGUUAUUUGCGUAGCGCUUCCUUUUGGUUGAUUCUGAUACAUCCCAAGUGGGAAACUCAGGAUCAUCUUUCUACAGCAAGUUUGCAAGUCAGAAAUGUCAGUUUCCUAGUUCCGACUAGCACGUGAGCGUGGCGUUAGUCGCAAGUAUGGGUAAUAUAAUUUUGUACAUAAAAAUAUAUAUAAACUUUUUUUUUGUAUUUUACCAACUCUUUACAUUCUGUCAUAAAUAGCACAUGUUCAACUAUAAAACAAAUAUGUUUUCCCAUCUCCAGAGGUUAAAUGAAGAAAAAUGACUAUAAUGGUUGACCUGAGGGACAAAUGUAAAUUAAUCACAUAACGCAUGGACUAAAUAAUCUUCAGAAAUGACUUUGUCAAAGCAAACAUGGGCAAAGUUUGGGGUUAAGUGGGUUAAAAUCUUCCUAGAAGUUGGACAAACAUGACGUGGGCAUGCCAAAAUUGGGUUUUCCAGCGAAAAAUAUUUUAUAAAAACGUAACACUAAUAUUAUAAUUUUGAACAUGGUUUAGUUAGAGCGUAGAUGUACGUGAUCUAACUGUUCAACUGAGUGUACAUGAAAGGCACUCUUCGUGGAACAAUGCAUAUCAUGCUGUGCUACUGAGAGUUGAGCAGUUUUACAGCGAUCGUCCCCAUGCUCUAGGAUUUCCAGGAAAUAUGUGUUUUGGCUCUCUGCCAUGUUCCGUUCUCUUUGGCUCACACCGACAUAGUCUCCAGUACCCCUGGUUGGUCUGCAAAACAGCUCUUGUUACCCUAUACCCUCCCUCUCCCUCUCUUCCCACUUGGCACAGAAGUCAAUUCUGUGGUGUAUUGACAAAUGCAUUAUGUGUUAAUGAGUUUAUAUUUAAAAUGGUUGCAAAUAGCCAAUGGGAUUUGUAUGCAGGGGUUGAGUUUUCUGCAUUAACAAAUGACAAUGGGGUUUCCGUUCUUGCAUUGAAGUGAUUGGAUUAUGUGAUGCAAGGGCGGUACAAGUUAAAUGAUGUAUUGGGGAGUUGGGCUGAAGACACUGUAGAGAGUGGUCGACUGGAAUGUGUUAAGGAGAACAUAAAAUAAAUCUGUUCUGUUUAUUAUAAGUACGCCUAGGAGUCUAGAGUAAAAUAACCUAGCAUCUUAGGAUGCAACAAAUUCAAUGUCUAUUCCAAGUUGGUUCAAUGUCAUUUCAUUGAAAUUAUGUGGAAACAACGUUGAUUCAACCAGUGUGUGCCCAGUGUGUUUCUCUCUCUCUCUCUCUCUCUCUCUCUCCCACUCUCUAUUUCCCCUCUCUGUCUUGGCAGUAUACUCCCAUCCAUGUAUGUAUGUUGGUUAAGAGUUAUGGGGCCCUUCUAAAUCUGAAUAAGUUUUUUUUAUUGUAUUUUUCCACAUUCUUUUAAAUAGUGCCUGAGCAUUGUGAGGUGAGCUAGUGUUUACCUCAGUGUUUAAACUUUAAUAUCAAGAGUUUGAGUAAUUUUAUGUUGCAAAAGAUAGAUGUGAGAACUGUACCUAUAUGGGAAUAAUACAGUAUUUGUACACAGCAAAUUGCCAAGUGUUACCUAGUGAUGAUUUUUCAGUGUAACAUUUCUAGAGUUGAAUAAACUCUAAGUGGUGUAAAAGAACCCCAGUGUUGGUGUUAAUACCCAGAGUUGAGUGUGAUUGGGUCAUUGUUACUCUGUGUAGAGUAACACACUUAGAAACAGUCAACACACCCAUCAUUAUCAUAUUUCCGAACAUGAUCUAUUGCAGGUAGAUUUUUCGAAUCGUUUGUUUCAAUAUCUGUGCUUGACAACUACAUUGAUUGAUGGAUUUAUCUUAUGCUACACAAACAAACAAUAACAUACAUUUUUCUAAACUAAUCCUAUCUGUUAGUAGUUGGAUUUAUUUUGCCCUGUUUCUGAGAUGGUUGUUCCAGUUUAGGUACAUUGGCAGUCAUUUCAAAUGCAGGUUGUGUGUGAUUAAAUGUUCCAAUUGUUGGAUAUCCCCACUCUGGCUGGAAUUCCAAUAGGAAAAACACAUCACUUGGAGCAUAAUGUGACUUGCAUGCCUGAUGUGGCCUGCAAACCAAAAGUGUUAACCAGUGUGUUAGGGUAAAACUAGGCCGUCAAAGUAAGGCCUUAUGAUAUAUGUAAUGUAUUGUCAUAAAGAGUUUAAUGAUAACAUUAACUUAGGCACUCACUUGGUGAGGGCCAUUGAAUGCAACAACCAUGUCUCUGUCACCAACAAACACAGUAACUCUACAAUUCACUCAAAGGUAAGUAAGUAGCCUUGCAUGAGCCUUGGCUUGUGCGAACGAGAUCUCCUGUUUCUGUAGCGUGAUGGGGCCUCCUGUAGCUCAGUUGGUAGAGCAUGGCGCUUGCAACGCCAGGGUUGUGGGUUCGAUUCCCACGGGGGGCCAGUAUGAAAAGUGUAUGCACUCACUAACUGUAAGUUGCUCUGGAUAAGAGCGUCUGCUAAAUGACAAAAAAUGUAAAAAUUUACAAAUACACCCCCUGGACACAGCCUUAUUCCCAAUCUAUCUAUAGCUGAGUGCCAAGCAGAGGGUCCCAUUUUUUCUGUCUUUGGUAUGACUCGGUCAAGGAUUGAACUCUGAACAUUUCAAUCUCAGGGCGGACACUCUAACCACAAGGCCACUGAGUUCACUCGAAAGGCAUACUGAUAAAUAUGCAAAUAAGGCUUUACACCCUUCAUAGAGGGUUCAAGGAAGAACCUUUAGACGAUUAAAACAAAGAUUAGGAUAACUAACCCUGAUAAAAGAGUUCUUCACAGGAAAAAAGCCCUUUAAAGUAUUCAGUAAUAUGUACUGAUUUGCUCCUUACCGUCCCCUACUCUCACACUGCCUCAUGCCCUCAAUGAGUGGAGACCAGGACAGGAGCUGUAAAAUCGUUUAACUAGACCAAAGUUCACAUCCACAUAACUGCUGUAUCUCUCUGUAGAUAAACUAAAUGUUAAGGUGUACAUUCUCUGUCGAUAAGGUUAAAGGAGUGAAAUGUUGACUCAAACCCACUUACAGUGCAUUCGGAAAGUAUUCAGACCCCUUGACUUGUUCCACAUUUUGUUACGUUACAGCCUUACUCUAAAAUUGAUUAAAUAGUUUCUCCCUCAUCAAUCUACACACAAUACCCAAUAAUGACAAAGCAAAAACAGGUUUUUAGAAAUGUUUUCAAAUGUAUAUAAAAAAACUGGAAAUAUCACAUUUACAUAAGUUUUCAAACCCUUUACUCAGUACUUUUGAAGCACUUUGGCAGCGAUUACAGCCUCAAGUAUUUUGGGGUAUGACGCUACAAGCUUGGCACACCUGUAUUUGGGGAGUUUCUCCCAUUCUUCUCUGCAGAUCCUCUCAAGCUCUGCCAGGUUGGAGCUGCACAGCUAUUUUCAGGUCUGCCCUCGAUCCUGACUAGUCUCCCAGUCCCUGCUGCUGAAAACUACCCCACAUGCUGCCACCACCAUGCUUCACCGUUAGGGAUGGUGCCAGGUUUCCUCCAGAUGUGACGCUUGGCAUUCAGGCCAAAGAGUUCAAUCUUGGUUUCAUCAGAACAGAGAAUCUUGUUUCUCAUGCUCUAAGAGUCCUUUAGGUGCCUUUUGGCAAACUGAGGAGUGGCUUCCAUCUGGCCACUCUAUCAUAAAGGCCUGAUUGGUGGAGUGCUGCAGAGAUGGUUGUCCUUCUGGAAGGUUAUCCCAUCUCCACAGAGGAACUCUGGAGCUCUGUCAGUGACCAUCGGGUUCUUGGUCACCUCCCUGACCGAGGCCCUUCUCCCCCGAUUGCUCAGUUUGGCUGGGUGGACAGCUGUGUCUCGGUGGUUCCAAAUUCUUCCAUUUAAGAAUAAUGGAGGCCACUGUAUUCUUGGGGACCUUCAAUGCUGCAUACAUUUUUUGGUAUCCUUCCUCAGAUCUGUGCCUCAACACAAUCCUGUCUCGGAGCUCUACGGACAAUUCCUUCGACUUCAUGGCUUGGGUUUUGCUCUGACAUGCACUGUCAACUGUGGGACCUUAUGUAGACAGGUGUGUGCCUUUCCAAAUCAUGUCCAAUCAAUUGAAUUUACCACAGGUGGACUCCAAUCAAGUUGUAGAAACAUCUCAAGGAUGGUCAAUGGAAAGAGGAUGCACCUGAGCUCAAUUUUGAGUCUCAUAGCAAAGGGUCUGAAUACUUAUGUAAAUGUCAUAUUUCAGCUUUUUAUUUUUAAUACAUUAGCAAAAAUGUAUAACCUGUUUUCAUUAUGGGGUAUUGUGUGUAGAUUGAUGAGGAAAAAACAACAAUUCAAUCAAUUUUAGAAUAAGGCUGUAACGUCACAAAAUGUAGAAAAAGGGAAAGGUUCUGAAUACUUUCCGUAUGCACUGUAAAUAGCUGUAAGUUGCUAAGCCAAUCAUUGAUUGAUUGACAAUGGUGUAUGGAUUGUGCAUUCAGAGAAAUGCAAAACAUGGUUAAAAUAACAUCAACACGUUUAAAAUAAAACAAAUUAGAAAGCGUUGAGAAUUGCCCUUCUUGCCCUUCAGCGUCGUCCAAGGUAGGGGAGGGUUUGGCCGGCAGGGAUGUGGGUUAGUUUCCCACGGGGGGCAAGUAUGAAAAAAACUAAAAACAUGUAUUCAUUCACUAACUGUAAGUCGCUCUGGAUAAGAGCGUCUGCUAAAUGACGAAAAUGUAAAAUGUUGUUGUGCUGUCCAUCUCACACCUCACUCCACUGCCCAUCCCCCCCAAGGGGUCAUAAAAUUUGGCUCUUAGCUCGAAAGUUUUUGUGACCAUCCUCCAGGAACAGUGCCAUUCCCACUAACCAAUCAGAGGCACUGAUCUGGUCUGGCCAUGACCCUUUCCUGUCUGUGCAGGGCAGGGUUCCUAGUGUCCAGGGGUGUAGUGCUGCUGGGGCGCAGCUCCCACAUUUUUUUCCAAUUUGAGCUGGUAAAAUUAUUUCUGGAAAAUGACUUCUGAUAAAUUAUAUUUAAUUGCCACUCAAAUCCCAUGAAAAAUUAUGAAUGGCAAACCAAAUAAAUAUGUAUAGCAGCCUAAAGGUAGGUAAGUGGUGGUGUCUUCUCUCUGACAGUGGCGAGACUAAUGAAGAACUGUAGGCUACGUGCUUGACCACUUUGGCCAAUCAGAACCUGGGGGGAAAAUCUGCAGCUCGGCAGAGUGUGAGAGGGGGUUUAGGCAGAUUAACCUUAUCACACCAACGAUAUCUAGGAUCCAAAUUCACUGUGUGUCUGCAUUGAUGUUCAUAAAACUCCACGGAUCCCCUCUUGGGCAGUGGAACCCAGAACGAUAUGUGACCACUUGGUUAAAGCGACACCGUUCUGCCAAAAGACACCAAAACCAGUGGCCACUGCAAAGCCCAAGGAGCCUGACCCUCUUCUGGAAGUUGCUGUAGCCCUGCUUGGGAUAUUUAGCCUAUAUUGGCUAUUGGUCUAGCUUGGUAUAUCAGGGUGGUCAAUUGUACAUGUGAAUUGGGCCAAGUUGAAGGUAAUAAUGCAUUUAGGAUAUAGUUUAUUGAGAUGCAUGAAUACACUACACCAAAAGUUAGAUUUUAUGGCUGUUUUUCAACUGGAUUUGCUGCAAUUUAUAUGUAGUAAUUGUUUAUGUUCACUACUUGGUGAAUUGAUUUGAUAGUAUGUUUAAUCUAUGCAAAUAAAUUAUAUAGAUUGAUAGUUCACCUCUGUUUUAUUUUAUUCUGUAAUAAGGUAUAUUGUAAUCGUGUUCAAGCUAAUCAAAUCCAAGUUUAUUUAAGAUACAGCGUUGUAGUGUAAACUACACAAUACAAUGAAAUGCCUACUCGCAACUAAAGCUCUCCUCGCAAACAGUGCAAUGAUAUUAAGCUAUAUGUAUUUACAUUAGACUACAGCCUACAAAUAGCUAUACAGUGAGGGAAAAAAGUAUUUGAUCCCCUGCUGAUUUUGUACGUUUGCCCACUGACAUAAAUAAUCAGUCUAUAAUUUUAAUGGUAGGUUUAUUUGAACAGUGAGAGACAGAAUAACAACAAAAAAGUCCAGAAAAACGCAUGUCAAAAAUGUUAUAAAUUGAUUUGCAUUUUAAUGAGGGAAAUAAGUAUUUGACCCCCUCUCAAUCAGAAAGAUUUCUGGCUCCCAGGUGUCUUUUAUAUAGGUAACGAGCUGAGAUUAGGAGCACGCUCUUAAAGGGAGUGCUCCUAAUCUCAGUUUGUUACCUGUAUAAAAGACACCUGUCCACAGAAGCAAUCGAUCAAUCAGAUUCCAAACGCUCCACCAUGGCUAAGACCAAAGAGCUCUCCAAGGAUGUCAGGGACAAGAUUGUAGACCUACACAAGGCUGGUAAGGAAUCAGCCCAGAACUACACAGGAGGAUCUUGUCAAUAAUCUCAAGGCAGCUGGGACCAUAGUCACCAAGAAAACAAUUGGUAACACACUACGCCGUGAAGGACUGAAAUCCUGCAGCGCCCGCAAGGUCCCCCUGCUCAAGAAAGCACAUAUACAGGGCUGUCUGAAGUUUGCCAAUGAACAUCUGAAUGAUUCAGAGGAGAACUGGGUGAAAGUGUUGUGGUCAGAUGAGACCAAAAUCGAGCUCUUUGUCAUCAACUCAACUCGCCGUGUUUGGAGGAGGAGGAAUGCUGCCUAUGACCCCAAGAACACCAUCCCCAACGUCAAACAAGGAGGUGGAAACAUUAUGCUUUGGGGGUGUUUUUCUGCUAAGGGGACAGGACAACUUCACCGCAUCAAAUUGACGAUGGACGGGGCCAUGUACCAUCAAAUCUUGGGUGAGAACCUCCUUCCCUCAGCCAGGGCAUUGAAAAUGGGUCGUGGAUGGUUAUUCCAGCAUGACAAUGACCCAAAACACAUGGCCAAGGCAACAAAGGAGUGGCUCAAGAAGAAGCACAUUAAGGUCCUGGAGUGGCCUAGCCAGUCUCCAGACCUUAAUCCCAUAGAAAAUCUGUGGAGGGAGUUGAAGGUUCGAGCCUCGAAACCUUAAUGACUUGGAGAAGAUCUGCAAAGAGGAGUAGAACAAAAUCCCUCCUGAGAUGUGUGCAAACCUGGUGGCCAACUACAAGAAACGUCUGACCUCUGUGAUUGCCAACAAGGGUUUUGCCACCAAGUACUAAGUCAUGUUUUGCAGAGGGGUCAAAUACUUAUUUCCCUCAUUAAAAUGCAAAUCAAUUUAUAACAUUUUUAGCAUGCGUUUUUCUGGAUUAUUUUGUUGUUAUUCUGUCUCUCACUGUUCAAAUAAACCUACCAUUAAAAUUAUAGACUCAUCAUGUCUUUGUCAGUGGGCAAAUGUACAAAAUCAGCAGGGGAUCAAAUACUUUUUUCCAUCACUGUACGUCGUAGGCCUAUUAGGCUAUAGUGCAAUUAUUGUUUGUUCCUGAACCGACCUAAUGGCAGCGCUAUCCUUCAGCUACCCUUCAGCACCUCAAGUUGGUUCAACUUCUUUAACAUCAUUGCGCGAUCCUGCCGCGGUCCUUUCAGCACCACGAAGGGCACUCCAAUGGCAUUCAUCAAGAUCUGUUGCCUACGCCUUAUAGUCCUCCUACUCAUCACUUAUUAUUAUUACAUAUAGAAGAUUAUCACUUCUUACAAUUGUGCUCCUUUAGUCAAAUUAGAUCAAAGCUGAAUCAAUGUCUCACAAGAUCACAUAAUGAUUAAUUUGCAUUUUAAAUAACAAAACCAAAUAUAAUAGCAUAGCAUAGUAGGCCUAUAACAUUACUGUUACACCAAAAACAUCUAAUUUCUAAUGAGAUUUCAAGAUGUUUAGCUGAAGCUGAAUGGUCACUUUUUUUUCUCAUGCACCAAAACUCAACAGAACACGCCACUAGGCAGGAUACUGUAUAUGCUUUGAUUGAAACAAAAUACAAGAAAGGGUAAUAUUUUAACACCUUCUGCUCUAAUUCGCUCACGAAACAGUAAUUCAAGAAGAUCUAAAUGCAUAUUCCCAUCCAUGAAACUGAUUGAGAACAAUCAAAUGAUUGGCAUGCAGAUGCAGUUUGGAUGUUUCAUCAGUAAAACGUGAAGAAUUAUCAUUCCUGAUUGACCGUGAUGAUGGCCUAUUUUGAAAUGAAGGAUGCCUAACUUGGUGUUUGAGGGUAUUAAAAAUAGAAAGAAAUGAUUGAGACAAUAUGUGUGGGCAUAGGCAGACGUUGCAAUUGGAGGAUGCAUUUGAUCUAUAUUGUAUAUAGGCCACUCAAUAGGCUACAUCUGUCCGUCCCUCACCUAAAAAAAAAAAUAGCACUACACAACUGUCAGUCUUUCUCCAAGUUUCUCCAUGUGUGAUGGUGUGCAUGGACAGAAGUGAGUGUGACAUUGUAAAUUGGUUGUAGUUAUUCCAAUGGUACAAACAUCUCUCUCUCUCUCUCUCUCUCUGUGUGUGUGUAGUUCCAUCAUAAUGGUGCGUACAGUAGCAGUGAUCGGGGCGGGUCCCUCGGGACUGACCAGCAUCAAGAGCUGUCUGGACGAGGGUCUGGAGCCCACCUGCUUUGAGAGCAGUGAAGACAUCGGAGGGCUGUGGAGGUUCAAGGUGAGUGGACUGGCUGAGGAACCUGAUGCCUGAUCGACACUAAUCCACUCUGCGUGCGUGCGUACAUGUGUGUGUUGAGUGUGUACAAAUAUGGAGUUUUGCCAUUGCCCACCACUGCUGGAGAUUUCAAUAUCCGAUAUAAAUGACACUGGCUCUGUUUCAAUGUCAAAAGUUUAACCAUAAUAAAUUACCCUGGCUUUGUUCCAAUAUCUAAUGUAUUGGACGCAUUCUAAGUGGUAUAUUCACCUUAUGAUGCUCCGCUCACUUGACCCAGUUCCUGGGUUUCCACUAGUUAUCACAGCCACAAAGAAAACAUUAAUGAAAACAAAAAUGUGCUUUCUGGUCUUAAUUUAAGGUUAGGGUUAGGCAUAAGGUUAGCAGUGUGGUUAAGGUUAGGGUUAGGUUUAAAAUACAAUUUUAAGAAGAUAAAUUGUAGAAGGUUUAUGACUUUGUGGUUGUGGUAACUAGUGAUGACCCAAGUUGUUUUCCUCCUUCCGGCCCAUUCACAAACAAGCAAAACUUCAUUAAAUAUGAAUGAAAUUGGUCAAAACUAUUAAAUAAUGUGCACAGAAUUUGAAAGAUAUGUUUAUUCUUUGUGAAGGAAAAUGAUUGAAAAAAUAUAAAUGUUUGUUUUCACGUAGUAUAAGCACUCGGAAGCUGACGUUAGUUUGCAUUAGCAUUCUCAUAGAGAAUGAUUGACGGUGUUAGCUAGUUAGCAUAUUAGACUGUAUCAAAUGGUCGUUAUCCUUAGAGGCUGUAUCCCAAUCAAAGAUCAAUGCUUGAAAUGGCAAUGUUGUUAGACACAGAAUAUAAAUGGCGAAGACUGAAAUCAUGUUCUAAAUGUUUUCUGUAUCGAUAACAUUACGAUAUUUGCGAUAUUUUGUGUCACAAAGCUAACUAGCUAACACUGCCAGUCAUUCUCUAUGAGAAUGCUAAUGCUAACUAACGUCAGCUUCCGAGUGCUUAUACUAUGUGGAAACAAACGUUUUCAUUUUCAAAAUAAUUUUCCUCAACAUAGAAUGAACAUGUUAUUUAAUAGUUUUUACAAAUAUAAUUCAUAUUUAACAAAGUUUUGCUUGUUUGUGAAUGGGCCGGAAGGAGGAAAACAGUCGUAACAAACUGGAUGCGCCCUUUCCUGGUGUCAUAAGGUGAAUAGUAGUGUGUAUAGCAUAUCCUUAGUCUGUGUCCUCGUCCUUUAGGAGCAUCCAGACCCAGGCAGGGCCAACAUCUACCAGUCUGUCAUCAUCAACAGCUCCAAGGAAAUGAUGUCAUACAGCGACUUCCCUCCUCCAGCUCACCUGCCCAACAACAUGCACCACUCCCAGCUGCUGAUCUACCUACGACUUUACGCUGAGAACUUUGACCUCUUCAAGCACAUCCUCUUCCAGGUCAGAGGGCAUGAAGGAAGGAAGUUGAUGUUUAUUCAGUCACAUCUUAUGUUAUGAUCCCUUUCAAUGGUAAAUAGUGAUUCAUUUCGCGGUGUGUGCGUACGUGUCUGCCUGCCUACCUGUGUGUGUCAGACCACUGUGGUGAGUGUGCGACAGAGGCCAGACUUCCCAGUGUCGGGCCAGUGGGAGGUGGAGACAGAGAGGACAGAAGGUCAGAGGGAGACUCAGGUCUUUGAUGCUGUGAUGGUCUGCACCGGUCACUUUACACGACCACACCUGCCUCUCAAUGACUUCCCAGGUAGCAGUCAACUCUCUAUCCCUAUCAUAGUCCCCAGUGACGUUGUGUAUUUGUUUAUUGUCCAUUUAUAUGCUACUAUCACUGGAGAUAUAUAGACUCAAAUCCUAAUCACAUCCUUCAUACAUACACUACCGUUCAAAAGUUUGGGGUGCACUUAGAAAUGUCCUUGUUUUCGAAAGAAAAGCAAUUUUUUUGUCCAUUAAAAUAACAUCAAAUUGAUCAGAAAUACAGUGUAGACAUUGUUAAUGUUGUAAAUGGUUAUUGUAGCUGUAAACGGCUGACUUUUAAUGGAAUAUCUACAUAGGCGUACAGAGGCCCAUUAUCAGCAACCAUCAGUCCUGUGUUCCAAUGGCACGUUGUGUUUGCUAAUCCAAGUUUAUCAUUUUAAAAGGCUAAUUGAUCAUUAGAAAACCCUUUUGCAAUUAUGUUAGCACAGCUGAAAACUGUUGUGCUGAUUUUAAAGAAGCAAUAAAACUGGCCUUGAGACUAGUUGAGUAUCUGGAGCAUCAGCAAUUGUGGGUUCGAUUACAGGCUCAAAAUGGCCAGAAACAAAUAACUUUCUUCUGAAACUCGUCUGUCUAUUCUUGUUCUGAGAAAUGAAGGCUAUUCUAUUUGAGAAAUUGCCAAGAAACUGAAGAUCUCGUACAAGCCAUAUCUCAGACUGGCCAAUUAAAGGAAAAUAUUAAGAUGGGCAGUCUGAGAUAUGGCUUUUUCUUUGCAACUCUGCCUAGAAGGUCAGCAUCUUGGAGUCGCCUCUUCACUGUUGACAUUGAGACUGGUGUUUUGCGGGUACUAUUUAAUGAAGCUGCCAGUUGUGGACCUGUGAGGCGUCUGUUUCUCAAACUAGACACUCAAAUGUAUCUUGCUCAGUUGUGCACUGUGGCCUCCCACGUGUAUUGCUUCUUUAAUCAGCACAACAUUUUUCAGCUGUGCUAACAUAAUUGCAAAAGGGUUUUCUAAUGAUCAAUUAGCCUUUUAAAAUGAUGAACUUGGAUUAGCAAACACAAUGUGCCAUUGGAACACAAGUCUGAUGGUUGCUGGUAAUGGGCCUCUGUACGCCUAUGUAGAUAUUCCAUUAAAAGUCAGCCGUUUCCAGCUACAAUAGCCAUUUACAACAUUGAUAAUGUCUACACUGUAUUUCUGAUCAAUUUGAUGUUAUUUUAAUUGGCAAAAAAAAUCAACAAGGACAUUUCUAAGUGACCCCAAACUUUUGAACGGUAGUGUACAUACAUACAUCAUCAUGUGUAUAUCCCAGUCAUAGCCCUCACACCGUAUAAUUUGAAUAGCAUGCUCAAUUAUCAUUGUUUAAUCAAUUGCCAUGAUGGAGUAUUAUUAUUUAUUAUUUGAUUAUCUGAUCCUCCCAGGUAUAGAGGAGUUUGAGGGCAGGUACUUACACAGUUGGGAAUACCGCAGUGCCGAGGGGCUGCAGGGGAAGAAGGUGGUGGUGGUUGGGAUCGGGAAUUCUGGAGGUGACAUCGCUGUGGAUGCCAGCAGAGUAGCGGAGCAGGUGAGUGCGAAAUCAUCUGAUUCUUCUGGAAGUAUUUCUCUCAGAUAUUAUGUAGGGAAGUAUGCAAAACUCCUGGCUUGCAUGAACAGGAAGACACUUAGACAAUUCUUUUUUUUGUGGCCAAAUCUUUAUAAAACAUGUAUUUUCUUGUUGGGGUGGCUACAUGCACAAUACACAAAUGCAUAUAAUUUAUUAGCUCACAUCACAGAGCCAAAAAGUAACAAUAAAUGUAGUAUGUAAAAAGAGAGAGAGAAAAAAGUGAGCUUCCACCCACAACAACACCCCCCAUUCCCCCAACCCCACCCAUCUAACAUGUCUCCCUCCAACCACCCACAUCCCCACCAAGAAACCAUGUUUUCCACCCCUUCCCACCUCUCCUAGGGUUGCUUGUCAUUUAAUAUUUAAAUUCAAGCACUUCAAAAUUAAUUUUGUCACUUUGUCCCAGAAGCAUUUAACUGCUGGGCACUCCCACAUCAUAUGGGGACACAGUGAACGUUUGAGAGAUGGGGCCAAUUUCAUCGUAAAACAUUUCCUUGGUGUUAAAUACAGUCUGUGAACAAACUUAAAAAUGUACAUUCACCGGACAGUUUAUUAGGUACACCACCCCGUUCACGAAAAUGGAUCGCUCCUACAGACAGUGAGUUACGUGGCCAUGGCUUGCUAUAUAAAGCAGGCAGACAGGCAUCGAGGCAUUCAGUUACUGUUCGAUUGAACGUUAGAAUGGGCAAAACGAGUGACCUAAACGACUUUGAGUGUGGUAUCGUCGGUGCCAGGCACGCCUGAUCCAGUAUCUCAGAAACGACCUCCCUUGGGCUUUUCACGCAGGACAGUAUCUAGGGUUUACAGAGAAUGCUGCAACAAACAAAAACCAUCUAAUCAGCGGCAGUGUUGUGGGUGAAAACAGCUUCUUGAUGAGAGAGGUCGAAGGAGAAUGGCAAGAAUCAUGCAAGCUAACAGGCGGGCCACACCAAACAGACAAAUAAUGGCACAGUACAACAGUGGAGUGCAGAACGGCAUCUCGGGAACGCACAACUUGUCGAUCCUUGUCAUGGAUGGGUUAUUGCAGCAGACGACCACACCGGGUUCCACUCCUAUCAGCUAAGAAGAAGAAGCUCCAGUGGGCACAUGAUCACCAACACUGGACAAUUUGAGGAGUGGAAAAACACCGCCUGGUCUGACGAAUCCCGGUUGAGUCCAUGGACCCAGCCUGCCUGGUGUCAACGGUACAGGCUGUUGGCGGUGGUGAAUCGCCGUCCAAUCUGCAGCAACUGCGUGAUGCCAUCACGUCAGCAUGGACCAACAUCCCUGUGGAACGUUUCCAACUUGUAGAAUCCAUGACCCAAAGAAUUCAGGCUGUUCUGGAGGCAAAGGGGGUCCGACCGUGUACUAGAUGGUUGUACCUAAUAAACUGUCCAGUGAGUGUAUAAAUGUAUUGUUCGGAUUACGGGAUGCCAAGGUAAUAUUUUUCCAUAUUCUGUUCCAGUUAUAGGAUUAUUCAUAUUCACUUAGAUCUGUGGACCAUACUUUUUUCACGGCUAGCUCAGAAUAUGAACUUUCCAAAAGUUAUUUAUAUAUUAUAGAGAUCAGUCCUUUCGGGAGCCCAGAUAAUUUAUUUUAAAAUCCCAUCUUUGGAUGGUUCGGUAGUUGGGUUUCCCAAGGGACUCCAUAGGCCAGCAUAGCUGACCUAAAUUGUAAAUAUAGAAAAAAGGAGUUGCGUGGUUAUGUGUCUUUCAAAUCUUUAAAUGUUCUCAAACCAUUCCUGUCCAUGAUAUCGGCAAGGAUACGGAUUCCACAUUUGGACCAUUGGGGGGAUGCAAAAGGCCGCCCUCCAGAUAGCAAGGCAUUAUUGUGAAAAAUUUAAGUAUGGUCAUGCCAUUUUGAUUCCCAGUUACAUUGUUUUUCAAUUUUGCGUCAAAUAGAGAUUGUGUGAGCAAUAAUAGGACCAAAGCAUAGUUUACAUUGUUUUAGGGAUAUACAGUGGGGGAAAAAAGUAUUUAGUCAGCCACCAAUUGUGCAAGUUCUCCCACUUAAAAAGAUGAGAGAGGCCUGUCAUUUUCAUCAUAGGUACACGUCAACUAUGACAGACAAAUUGAGAAAAAAGAAUCCAGAAAAUCACAUUGUAGGAUUUUUUAUGAAUUUAUUUGCAAAUUAUGGUGGAAAAUAAGUAUUUGGUCACCUACAAACAAGCAAGAUUUCUGGCUCUCACAGACCUGUAACUUCUUUAAGAGGCUCCUCUGUCCUCCACUCGUUACCUGUAUUUAUGGCACCUGUUUGAACUUGUUAUCAGUAUAAAAGACACCUGUCCACAACCUCAAACAGUCACACUCCAAACUCCACUAUGGCCAAGACCAAAGAGCUGUCAAAGGACACCAGAAACAAAAUUGUAGACCUGCACCAGGCUGGGAAGACUGAAUCUGCAAUAGGUAAGCAGCUUGGUUUGAAGAAAUCAACUGUGGGAGCAAUUAUUAGGAAAUGGAAGACAUACAAGACCACUGAUAAUCUCCCUCGAUCUGGGGCUCCACGCAAGAUCUCACCCCGUGGGGUCAAAAUGAUCACAAGAACGGUGAGCAAAAAUCCCAGAACCACACGGGGGGACCUAGUGAAUGACCUGCAGAGAGCUGGGACCAAAGUAACAAAGCCUACCAUCAGUAACACACUACGCCGCCAGGGACUCAAAUCCUGCAGUGCAAGACGUGUCCCCCUGCUUAAGCCAGUACAUGUCCAGGCCCGUCUGAAGUUUGCUAGAGUGUAUUUGGAUGAUCCAGAAGAGGAUUGGGAGAAUGUCAUAUGGUCAGAUGAAACCAAAAUAGAACUUUUUGGUAAAAACUCAACUCGUCGUGUUUGGAGGACAAAGAAUGCUGAGUUGCAUCCAAAGAACACCAUGCCUACUGUGAAGCAUGGGGGUGGAAACAUCAUGCUUUGGGGCUGUUUUUCUGCAAAGGGACCAGGACGACUGAUCCGUGUAAAGGAAAGAAUGAAUGGGGCCAUGUAUCGUGAGAUUUUGAGUGAAAACCUCCUUCCAUCAGCAAGGGCAUUGAAGAUGAAACGUGGCUGGCUCUUUCAGCAUGACAAUGAUCCCAAACACACCGCCCGGGCAACGAAGGAGUGGCUUCGUAAGAAGCAUUUCAAGGUCCUGGAGUGGCCUAGCCAGUCUCCAGAUCUCAACCCCAUAGAAAAUCUUUGGAGGGAGUUGAAAGUCCGUGUUGCCAGCGACAGCCACAAAACAUCACUGCUCUAGAGGAGAUCUGCAUGGAGGAAUGGGCCAAAAUACCAGCAACAGUGUGUGAAAACCUUGUGAAGACUUACAAAAAACGUGUACCUAUGAUGAAAAUUACAGGCCUCUCUCAUCUUUUUAAGUGGGAGAACUUGCACAAUUGGUGGCUGACUAAAUACUUUUUUCCCCCACUGUAUCAGUGAAGACCUACUCUUCCAGGGCAAUAUGAGACACUGUAUUUAUCUCUAUACUCAGCCAGGGGAUGGAAUAAUCAUGUCUAAACCAAUUUAGUAUGGGACGAAAUGCGAGUGCCUGGAAAUACAAUUUAAAGUUUGGUACGGAUAGUCCUCAUACGUCUUUCCCUCUUUGUAAGUUUGUUAAUUUUAACCCGGGAUCGCUUACCUUGCCAUAUACAUUUAGAACCCGCACUAUGGAUUUUUUCCCAAUAGCCAGAAGGGGAGACAAGGGAAGCAUUAAACUACAGUGCCUUCAGAAUGUAUUCAUACCCUUUGACUUAUUCCACAUUUUUUGGUGUUACAGCCUGAAUUCAAAAUGGAUUAAAUUUUUUUUUUUUCUCACCCAUCUACACACAAUACCCCAUAAUGACAAAGGGAAACAUGUUUUAUAUUUUUACAUUUAUUAAAAAUGAAAUGCAGGAAUAUCUCAUUUACAUACGCAUUCACAUCCCCGGGUCAAUACUUUGUAGAAGCACCUUUGGCAGCGAAUACAGCUGUGAGUCUUUCUGGAUAAGUCUCGAAGAGCUUUCCACACCUGGAUUGUGCAACAUUUGACCAUUUUAUUAUUUUCUAAAUUCUUCAAGCUCUGUCAAAUUGGUUGUUGAUCAUUGCUAGACAACCAUUUUCAGGUCUUGCCAUAGAUUUUCAAGUAGAUUUAAGUCAAAACUGUAACUCGGCCACUUAGGAACAUUCACUGUUUUCUUGGUAAGCAACUCCAGUGUAGAUUUGGCCUUGUGUUGCUGAAAGGUAAAUUAAUCUCCCAGUGUCAGGUGGAAAGCAGACUUAACUAGGUUUUCCUCUAGGAUUUUGCCUGUGCUUAGCUCCAUUUCUUUUUUAUCCUGAAAAACUCCCCAGUCCUUAACGAUUACAAGCUUACCCAUAACAUAAUGCAGCCACCACUAUGCUUGAAAAUAUGGAGAGUGGUACUCAGUAAUGUGUUGCAUUGGACUUGCCCCAAACAUAACAUUUUGAAUUCAGGACAAAAAGUUCAUUGCUUUGCCACAUUUUUUGCAGUAUUACUUUAGUGCCUUGUUGCAAACAGGAUGCAUGUUUUGGAAUAUUUUUUAUUCUGUACAGGCUUCCUUCUUUUCACUGUCAUUUAGGUUAGUAUUGUGGAGUAACUACAAUGUUGUUGAUCCAUCCUCAGUUUUCUCCUAUCACAGCCAUUUAAAAUCUGUAACUGUUUUAAAUUCACCAUUGGCCUCAUGGUGAAAUCCCUGAGCAGUUUCCUUCCUCUCCGUCAACUGAGUUAGGAAGGACGCAUGUAUCUUUGUAGUGACUGGGUGUAUUAAUACACCAUCCAAAGUGUAAUUAAUAACUUUACCAUGCUCAAAGGGAUCUUCAAUGUUUUUUUACCCAUCUACCAAUAGGUGCCCUUCUUUAUAUUUACAUUUUAGUCAUUUAGCAGACACUCUUAUCCAGAGCGACUUAGAGUUAGUACAUUCAUCUUAAGUUAGCUAGGUGGGACAACCACAUAUCACAGGCAAAGAAAGUACAUUGCUCCUCAAUAACGUAGCUGUCAGUAGAGUCAGAGCUAGAGGGUGGGUGGGGUUGGGGUCAAGUGCUGGUUAAGUCUUCUUUUUUUUAGGGGGGGUCGAGGUGAUUAGGAGGAUGAUUAUUUAAGAUUAUUUUGAAUAGGUAGGGUUUCAGAUGUUUUCGGAAGAUGACCAGGGCCUCUGCUAUCCUAGCUUCAGGGGGAAGCUGGUUCCACCAUUGGGGUGCCAGGACAGAGAAGGGCUUGGACUGGGCUGAGCGGGAGCUGCCCUCCAGUAGGGAUGGGAGGGCCAAGAGACCUGAGGUGGCAGAAUGGAGUGCUCUGGUUGGGGUGUAAGGUUUGAUCAUAGGCUAAAGGUAGGGAGGGGCAGUUCCUCUUGCUGUUCCGUAGGUAAGCACCAUGGUUUUGUAGUGGAUGUGAGCUUCAACUGGAAGCCAGUGGAGUGUGCGGAGGAGCGGGGUGACAUGAGAGAACUUGGUAAGGUUGAAAACCAGGCGGGCUGCUGCGUUCUAGAUAAGUUGCAGGGGUUUGAUGGCACAAGUGGGGAGCCCAGCCAACCACGAGUUGCAGUAGUCCAGACGGGAGAGGACAAGUGCCUGGAUUAGGACCUGCACCGCUUCCUGUGUGAGGUAGGGUCGUACUCUACGUAUGUUGUAGAGCAUGAACCUACAGGAGCGGGUCACUGCUUUGAUGUUUGCAGAGAACGACAGAGUGUUGUCCAGGGUCACGCCAAGGUUCUUUGCACUCUGGGUGGGCGACACUGUGGAGUUGUCAACCGUGAUGGAGAGGUCUUUGAGCGGGCAGGCCUUCCCUGGGAGGAAGAGCAGUUCCGUCUUGUCGAGGUUGAGCUUGAGGUGGUGGGCCGACAUCCAAGUUGAGAUAUCUGCCACGCACACAGAGAUGCGUGUCAAAACCUGGGUGCCAGAAGGGGGGAAGAAGAAAAGUAGUUGAGUGUCAUCCGCAUAGCAAUGAUAGGAGAGACCUUGUGAGGAUAUGACUGAGCCGAGUGACUUGGUGUAUAGAGAGAAGAGGAGAGGGCCUAGAACCGAGCCCUGGAGGACACCAGUAGUGAGAGUAUGUGGUACAGACACAGAUCCUCUCCACGUCACCUGGUAGGAGCGGCCUGCCAGGUAGGAUGCAAUCCAAGAGUGUGCAUAGCCUGAGACGCCCAGCCCUGAGAGGGUGGAGAGGAGGAUCUGAUGGUUCACGGUGUCAAAGGCAGCGGAUAGAUCUAGGAGGAUGAGAACAGUGGAGAGAGAGUCAGUUUGGCAGUGCGGCUAGCCUCCGUGACACAGAGAAGAGCAGUCUCGGUUAGUGUGACCAGUCUUGAAGACUGACUGGUUAGGGUCAAGAAGAUCGUUUUGCAAGGCAUUGGAAAACCUCUCUGGUCUUUGUUCUUGAAUCUGUGGUUGAAAUUCACUGCUCUACUGAGGGACCUUACAGAUAAUUGUAUGUGUGGGGUACAGAGAUUAGUUAGUCAUUCAAAAAUCAUGUUAAACACUAUUAUUGCACACACAGUGAGUCCAUGCAACUUAUUAUUUGACUUGUUAAGCAACAUUUUGCUCCUGAACUUAUUUAGGCUUGCCAUAACAAAGGGGUUGAAUACUUAUUGACUCAAGACAUUUCAACUUUUCAUUUUUAUUUAGAUUUUCCACUUUGACAUUAUUGGGUAUUGUGUAUAGGCCAGUAACAAAAACUCUCAAUUGAAUACAUUUUAAAUUCAGCAGUGGUGGAAAAGGUACCCAAUUGUCAUACUUGAUUAAAAGUAAAGAUACCUUAAUAGAAAAUAACUCAAGUAAAAGUGAAAGUCACCCAGUAAAAUACUACUUGAGUAAAAGUCUAAAAUAUUUUAGUUUUAAGUAUACUUAAGUAUCAAAAGUAAAUGUAAUUGAUCAAAUGUACUUAAGUAUCAAAAGUACAAGUAUAAAUCAUAAGUAAACCAGAUGGCACCAUUUUCUUGUUUCUUUAAAUUUACGGAUAGAAAGGGGCACACUGAAUUUGUCUACGAUCUUCAAAGCGUUUGGGAGGUAUUGAGAUACAUUGUUUAGAUAAAGUAAGAUCUCGUCGGUGUAUAAUGAGACUAGGCCAUCUCUGACAAAGAUCAUUAACCCUUCCUCUUCUGGUCUACAGGUGUACCUCAGCACGCGGAAGGGGGCAUGGGUGGUCAGCAGGGUGGGGGCAGGGGGCCUUCCAGGUGACCUGGUGGGCACUUCACGAUUGGACAGACUGCUGCAGAAGCUCUUCCCCUCCUGGAUUACCAGGAUGAUGGAGAAUAAUCUGAACCAGAGCUUCGACCACAGACUGUACGGCCUACAGCCAAAACACGGGUAUGCUCUAUACAUAUAGUGGCUUGUGAAAGUAUUCACCCCCCUUGGCAUUUUUCCUAUUUUGUUGCCUUACAACUUGGAAUUAAAAUGGAUUUUUUGGGGUGUUUCUAUCAUUUGAUUUACACAACAUGCCUACCACUUUGAAGAUGCAAAAUAUUUUUUUAUUGUGAAACAAACAAGAAAUAAGACAAAAAAACUAAAACUUGAGCGUGCAUAACUACUCACCCCCCCAAAGUCAAUACUUUGUAGAGGCUCCUUUUGCAGCAAUUACAGCUGUAAGUAUUUUGGGGUAUGUCUCUAUAAGCUUGGCACAUCUAGCCACUGGGAUUUUUUCCCAUUCUUCAAGGCAAAACUGGUCCAGCUCCUUCAAGUUGGAUGGGUUCCGCUGGUGUACAGCAAUUUUUAAGUCAUACCACAGAUUCUCAAUUGGAUUAAGGUCUGGGCUUUGACUAGGCCAUUCCAAGACAUUUAAAUGUUUCCCCUUAAACCACUCGAGUGUUGCUGUAGCACUAUGCUUAGGGUCAUUGUCCUGCUGGAAGGUGAUCCUCCGUCCCAGUCUUAAAUCUCUGGAAGACUGAAACAGGUUUCCCUCAUGAAUUUCCCUGUAUUUAGCGCCAUCCAUUAUUCCUUCAAUUCUGACCAGUUUCCCAGUCCCUGCCAAUGGAAAACAUCCCCACAGGGUGAUGAGAGGUUUUGCGCCAGACAUAGCGUUUUCCUUGAUGGCCAAAAAGCUCAAUUUUAGUCUCAUCUGACCAGAGUACCUUCUUCCAAACGUGUUUGCUUAUUUUUUUCUUUAAGCAAUGGCUUUUUUCUGGCCACUCUACCGUAAAGCCCAGCUCUGUGGAGUGUAUGGCCUAAAGUGGUCUUAUGGACAGAUACUCCAAUCUCCGCUGUGGAGCUUUGCAGCUCCUUCAGGGCUAUCUUUGGUCUUUGUUGCCUCUGAUUAAUGCCCUCCUUGCCUGGUCUGUGAGUUUUGGUGGGCGGCCCUCUCUUGGCAGGUUUGUUGUGGUGCCAUAUUCUUUCAAUUUUUUAAUAAUGGAUUUAAUGGUGAUCUGUGGGAUGUUCAAAGUUUCAGAUAUUUUUUUAUAACCCAACCCUGAUCUGUACUUCUCCACAACUUUGUCCCUGACCUGUUUGGAGAGCUCCUUGGUCUUCAUGGUGCCGCUUGUUUGGUGGUGCCCCUUGCUUAGUGGUGUUGCAGACUCUGGGGCCUUUCAGAACAGGUAUCUGAGAUCAUGUGACAGAUCAUGUGACACUUAGAUUGCACACAGGUGGACUUUAUUUAACUAAUUAUGUAACUUCUGAAGGUAACUGGUUGCACCAGAUCUUAUUUAGGGGCUUCAUAGCAAAGGGGGUGAAUACAUAUGCAUGCACCACUUUUCAGUUAUUAAUUUUUUAGAAUAAGUAAUUUUUUUCAUUUCGCUUCACCAAUUUGGACUAUUUUGUGUAUGUCCAUUACAUGAAAUCCAAAUAAAAAUCCAUUUAAAUUACAGGUUGUAAUGCAACAAAAUAGGAAAAACGCCAAGGGGGAUGAAUACUUUUGCAAGGCACUGUAUCUGACUGACUGACUGACUGACUGACUGACUGACUGUCUGAUCCAUCCAUCUAUCUAUUUCAGGUUCUUUGCCCAGAUCCCAGUGGUGAAUGAUGACCUGCCUGGUCGAAUCAUCUCUGGUCGUGUUCUGGUCAAACCUAACAUCAGGGAGAUCAGAGGCUCCAGUGUGGUGUUUGAGGACGGGAGCGUUGUGGACAAGGUGAACACAAACACACACACACACAAACACACACAGACACUCUCUCUCCUCCCUUCUCACCUCACCUCACCUCCCCCCUACCCUCCCUCCUCCCUAGGUGGAUGUUGUGGUGUUUGCCACCGGCUACAACUAUGACUUUCCCUUCCUGCCUUCGGGUCUGCUGGCUAAUAGCAGUCACCGCCUGUGUCUGUACCGUCAUGUGUUCCCCCUGGGGCUGGCCCGGCCCAGUCUGGCUGUAGUGGGCUUCAUCUGUAACAUGGGAGCCAUCAACCCUCUGGCUGAGAUGCAGGCCCGCUGGGCCACCCGGGUCUUUAAAGGUAACAACUAACUAACACCCUCAUUAACUCAUUAACUCCCCUUUUCCUGAUUUGUCCAGGAGCUCUGUGUCUGAAGUUGUUGGGUAGCCUAGUGUAUUUGAAUGCGAGUGAUUGAAGCUUUGAGGUUUUUGUCAAUAUUAAUGUGUGAUUACAUAAUUUAUUGCUCCAGGGUUACUAACACUGCCCUCCGAAGAAGCCAUGCUGCAGGACAUAAAGAGAGACACCAGCACCUUGCAAAACAGGUGCGACAACAACCAUGCGUUAUUACACUCACAUAAUUAUUUUGCUAAUAGGUAACAAACUAUAUCUGCAUUGCUUGCUGUUUGGGGUUUUAGGCUGGGUUUCUGUAUAGCACUUUGACAUCUGCUGAUGUAAAAAGGGCUUUAUAAAUAAAAUGUGAUUGAUUGAUAUUUAAAAAUGAUUUAUAAGCACCUCUGUGUGUCUCUCUUCCCUCUCCCUCCAGGUUUGCCUGUUUGGAGCGGCACCCUCUCCAGGUGGACCAUAUCCCCUAUCUUGACUCCAUGGCAGAGGAGUUAGGGGUUCGACCCAACCUCCUAGGGUUGCUGCUGAGGGAGCCUGGUGUGGGGCUGCGUGUGCUGCUGGGGCCCUGCACCCCAUACCAGUACCGUCUGAGAGGGCCAGGACAGUGGGAUGGGGCCCGACAGGCUAUACUCACCCAGUGGGAGCGAGUAGCCCAGCCAUUCAGGACCAGGAUGGCUCCAGAACCAGAGAGCAGAACCAGAGCCUCCUGUAGUCUGAGACUGAUAUUGACCCUGUCUGGCGCUGUUCUCCUACUAACCCUCUAUACUAGACACAGUCUCUUAUCACUCCUCUCACACCCCACAGGCCUCCUCUAUAAGAUGUACAGUCUACCUGAGACCAUUUCGGGGUGGAAAUGAACAAUAUGGGCCUAUUGCAACCACUGUUGGCAACCAUUUUAUCUCCAGGUGAUUUUGUUGUUAAACCAUCAAUACAAAGUUCACCCGCACAGCUGAUCUCAAUUGCUUCCAAAAUUUGACACUCCCUAAAAGCCAAGCUACGUGUGAGGUUGGUGUUAACUUAGUCCUGCUUUCUCCCAAUAUUUUACAAGACAUGUUCGCACUCUACAGGGUAUUAUCUUUCUGUAGAAAUAAAAACCAGGUAAUCGAGCAGACUAAGGGGGGAUUUUAACUAUUUGAUAAUCAUUCAGUACAACUACAAUAAAGUAAUUUAUUGUUUAAGACAUCAAUUAUACUGUGGCAAU